GUAUAAUAUAUCCAACUGAUAUAGCAACAGGUAUUCAGUAAAGAUCACUUCCGGUCAGGGAUAGUGGAUCAGGGGCGGACUGACAACUCAUGCGGCCCCUGGGCAAUAGGGGAUCAUGGGGCCCCUGUGUCCUUGCCCAAACUCAAAAAAGCCUAUGAAAAAAGGUACCAGGGACAUCUCAUGGGGCCCCCCUACUGACCCGGGCCCUUGGGCUGUGCCCGAGUUUCCAAAUGGUCAGUCCGCCCCU